AUGAAUCCAUCGGGAAAUAUGUUGAUCUUGAUCUCUUUCUUCUUUUUAUCAUUCACCUCAAAUUUAAAUCGCGUUGAUGCUGAACCAUUGACUCAAAGUAAUUUUGAUGAAAAGGUUAUGAAAAGCAAAGAUAUUUGGUUUAUCAUGUUCGGAGUACCUAAGUGUGGAGCUGUUAAAGCGCUUAAACCGGAAUGGGAGAAGGUUUCAAAGAAAUUGGAAGGAAAGGUCAAGUUUGGUGAAGUGGACUGUCAAGAGAACUAUGAUUUAUAUGUAAAUUAUAAGAUACAAGGGUUCCCAACGAUUAUUGUAUUUGCUGAAGAUAAAGGAAAGGGAGCUUUCAUAUACACAGGAGAAAGAACAGCAAAAGGAAUUGAAGAAGCUGCACUUCUUAAGUUAGAAGGUGUUAAGGAUGAAUUUCAUCAGCCAAGAAGUGAAGAAUCAAAGGAUACUCAAUCGCUCUUAUUUACGUUUAAAGAGCUCUCUAUAAAACACCAUUAGCAUUAGUAUCAACGUUAUGGGUCCAUCCAUCGGAUCAUUGGAACAACACCAUUAUGGGAAGAACAAAGAAAUCACUCAAUGUCAUCAUCCUCAACAAAAUUAACAAAUACCAGGGAUUCCAUACUAUCUGAAAACUUGAUAGGAAUGAAAAAGCAAUGAAAGUGGGGAAUGAUGAAGAGUUAAACAAAGAAGUGCUAACCUACUUUCAUUAUAUCUUUUUAGAUGGUACUUAUUGUUUAAAUCUUAGUGAUACUCUUUAUGUAUGGAGUAUAACUUGAAACUUAUUAUUUGUAUCUAAGUUAGCGAAUUUUGGCUAUACUUUUAUGUUUUGAUACAAUGAUGUAACUAGUGGUUUCAAUUCCCAUAUAUUGCACAUGGUUGUUUGGAGG